AUGUCUUUGGAAGUAAAUAUAAGUGAACCUGAUGAUUUUAACUGUCAAGAACUUCACAGUGCGAUAGAAGAAGUAGCUCACAAUGAAGGUUUUGAAGAUUUUGAAUAUAAAGUGGAUUAUAUUAGUGGUAAAGGUGGAAAUUUUACAUCAAAUGUGUUCCGUGUUAUGAUAAGAAAGACUGACUGUGAUGACUACGACUUCAGUGUUAUAGUAAAGACAUUUAUUAAUACCGAGCGGCAGCAGUUAUUUAAUGAAUUACACAAACGAGAAGUGUUUGCUUAUACAGAAGUAAUUAAGAAGUUUAUCUCUGUUCAAAAUGUUUUGAAUGAAGAAACAAAGUUAGAGUUACCAGAAUGUCUGCUAGUUAAUAUAGAAAAAAACAAUGAAGUAAUUAUUUUAAAAGAUUUGAAGAAUCAUGGCUUUGAACUUGAUGAUAUGCAGGAAAAUGCCGAAUAUUUAAAUAUUGAACAGAUAAACUUAGUUAUAAGUGAAUUAGCCAAAUUCCAUGCUUUAUCUUUUAUAAUAAAAGAAAAAGAAUCCGACACAUUUAAAGAUUUAAAGACCAAGUUUCAAGAUAUUUUAUAUGAGAAUAGUUUCCUUAAUAAAAGUAAACUGAGGAACUUUUUUUUUGAAUCCUUUGAUAUGUUUCUGAAACUUGUUAAGAAUAAAGAGGCGAAAAAUAAAUUAAGAAAAUUGAAAGAUAAGUUUAUAGAGUUGUUACAAAAAUACGUAAAACCGGGACAGACAAACGUUCUUUGUCAUGGAGACUGUUGGGUGAAUAAUAUGUUUUUUAAAAAUAAGAACAGUAACCAGGCGAAAGUGUGUUUUAUAGAUUACCAAGCAAUGCGUUACGCCAAUCCUAUGACUGACUUUAUGCACUUUUUAUAUCUUUGUACCGAUUCAAAAUUCAGAUCUCAACAUUUCGAUGAAAUCAAAAAUAAUUAUUACGAGAGUUUAAGUACAUUUUUAAAUUUGUAUAAUAUUGACGUAACAACGGUAUAUAAGAGAGACAAUUUUGAUACUGAUUUUUAUGGCUAUAUGCCAUACGGAUUAUUAGUAUCAAUAUUCCAACUAAGAAUUGUCACUAUGAAUCUUGAAGAAGAUGAUACUUUAAAAGAAGCAAAAUUGGAGUCAAAUUGGGAUUUGUCACAAAUUCCUAGUGAAAGUGAUUUGUUUCGCAGCAGGGUUAACGAUGUUGUGGAAGAAGCAGUUGGAAAUGGAGUUUUGGAUAAACUUUUAGCUGAAGUGACGUAUUAA